AUGGAGGACGAGUUUGACGAUUUCGGCGAGUUCGAGGAGUUCGAACAGCCGCCACAGCAGACUGGCGCGGACUCUUUCAUUUUUGCACCAGAAAACGGCUCUGUUGAGGAACUCGGCCGCAUGAUACACAGUCUGCUGGGGUCUGUCCCGUCUCGCGAGCCCGCCGUCGACCUACAUCUGGACCAGAGGUGUCAGGAUGUUUACCAGAGACUCACGCUGCCGCCAGUGAACCUCCAGCAGGUGAAUUGGAAACGCUCGUUUCUCCGAAGACGGCUUCUUAUGAGUCUACGUAUUCCUAUUGAUCUGGACGAGGUUCUUCCCUCUAACUCGAAAACCAGGAAAGCCAAACUCUACGACAACAACGCGUUAGCGGGACUGAAGAACAACGAGCUUUCCAAGCUGGAGGAGCGAAUUGCAAAGCUUGCAAUUGAUAAAAUGGAGAAAGACAAGAUACUAGAGUCGAGUGCCGCUGUUCUGGAAAGCGUGCACCAGAAAGUCCAGCCGGAGUCGUUUUACCGCGCUGCGGCGGAACGCGGUGAGCUGGACAGCAAGGCCCAGGAACUGGAAAGUGUGCGCGACGAGCUGCUGAAAAUAGCGUGCAGUCUGAACCUGCGUUUAGAGGAGCUCAAGCAAGACAACGAGAUCUACUCAAUGUACGUGGAGAAUCUUGUUGGAAAUACACAGAAGCGCAGAAGAGAGGAGAAGAAGGGCGAUCUCAAGUGA